AUGAGCACGUGGGAGACCUGGAGGGGCCUUUGCCUGCCCUUCGUCAAGGGGCCGUCGCUGCGGGAAAAUGAGCAGGUGUUACGGAAAGAGCGGGAAUUCAAGGAACGCUGUGCUAAGCUGAUCGACGACCUUGACAGCAUCUACAGGAAGGCUUAUGACUUGGGCAAACCCUUCUUUGAUCCAACAACUUAUGACAAGUUGAAGAUUCGCUGUGAAACUUUGGACCUGAAGGACGACGGGGAGUAUGCCAAUGGAAUCCCCGCUCCGAACUUUUUUGACCCAUUUCCGCUUGAGACCCUCAAAAAUCAUCAAAUCACACCUGAAGACAGUGCCACAAAAGACUAUCAGAACUAUGAAAAUAUAUUCGAUAAGACUAAGGAAGAUGACACCUCGCAGGUGGUGUCCUACCGUCUUAUGCGGCACUUUGGCUUGUUUCGCAGGAACGGGAUCCCAGGUCGCCGAGGACGAUUGAUCGACAUUACAGCAUGGAGACAAGCCGAAUUCCCUGAUUUUAUACAGGAGUACUUCAUGCCUGGCGUCUACAGACAGCGCGGUUACUCGCCCUCGCCCGCGGCUUGGUGGGAGGCACAAUCCACCCCUCUUCCUCAUAUUAUGUGUAUAUUUGAAUUUUACAGCUUCAAAGGUACUGAGGAACUCCUCAGAGGUGAAAUCCUCGCCAUCCUUGCCACUACGAUUACUCGUCUUGAACUCGAGUGUUAUCAGGAUGAGGUAGUCAUACCGGUUCUUAUGUUCUCGAUCAUGUCCGACUACAAAGCAAGGAUAAUACAAGCUUUUUUUAAUGGCGACAAACUGGUGAUCCGCAAGUCAAUGCUGUACGACUUCUCUACGCGUGCGACUUUGAGCUCCUCGACGACUCUCUUCAUACAGUGGAUGGCUAGCAAGCCAGUAGGUGACACUCGUGGCUUUACUUUGGAGGACUUUGUGCCAUUUGAGGAGGAUGAUAAUAUUGAAUCAUCUGUUAAGGAGGAGGAGGAGGCUGCUGAAACCGAAAAUACUGCUGCUGCACCUUGA